GCUUACCACGUAGCAUCUUUUGCGGCUGCGUUGGCUAAGUAUGCCUCGUUUUCUGCUGUCGGCUUGUCGAACGAGGUCCCUCCUGAGUGCUAGAACUUACGCCACAACAACACAUUACAGCAUUCAUCGUCGCGAAAAUGACCCCAGGUGGUCAGACAUCGAUCUAUCCCGCGUUUCAGAAGAGGCUGACAUCGUUAUUGUUGGGGCUGGACCGAGCGGGCUGGCCACUGCUUGCAAACUAAAACAGCUCUCCGCUGCACAUCGCAAUGAUUUAAGAGUGGUUGUUCUAGAAAAGGCACCUUACAUAGGCGGACACACUCUUUCCGGUGCGUGUAUUGAACCAUCUGCCCUUACCGAACUGUUUCCUGAUUGGGAGGACCGUGGGGCACCUUUGAGAACCAAGGUUACCGGAGAAUCUUUCUACUUGUUGACGAAGAAUUCAAAACUUCGGGUCCCUCUGAUUCCAGGUUUACCAUUGGGUAAUCAUGGCAACUAUAUCGUGCGUCUUGGACACCUGGUAAAAUGGUUAGGAGAGCAAGCCGAAGAGUUGGGAGUUGAAGUUUACCCUGGAACUGCAGCUUCCGAGGUAUUGUUCGAUAGCUGUGGCGGUAUUGUGGGUGUUGCUACCAACGAUGUGGGAAUUCAUAAAGAUGGGAGCCCGAAAGACUCUUUUCAGCGUGGUAUGGAGUUUAAAACGAAGCAGGUCGUUUUCGCGGAAGGUUGCCGCGGCCAUCUAACUAAACAGGUUAUGAAAAUUUAUGGUCUCAACAAUGACAGUGAGCACCAAACUUACGGGAUUGGUUUCAAAGAACUAUGGGAGGUGCGUGAAUCUAACUGGAAACCUGGGUUGGUUGAACACGGUGUCGGCUGGCCACUGAAUAAUAAUGUAUACGGAGGUUUCUUCGUCUACCAUUACAAGGAAAGUGCUCCUCUGGUAGCUGUCGGAUUCGUUGUGGGGUUGGACUAUCAGAAUCCGUUUUUCAACCCAUUUCGCGAGUUUCAGCGUCUCAAACAUCAUCCUCACUUCGCUGCUCUGUUGCAAGAUGGCAAACGAAUCUCUUACGGUGCACGUGCGUUAAAUGAAGGAGGAUUUCAGUCUAUCCCAAAACUGACAAUGCCCGGGGGUUUGCUAGUUGGGUGCACUGCUGGAUUUCUGAAUGUCCCAAAACUGAAAGGUGUGCACAAUGCUCUGCGUUCCGGCAGGAUCGCUGCGGAGGCCAUUUACAAAGAACUUCAGAAAACCAACUCUGCUUUCAUUUUGCUGUAUUACCGUCAACACUUUCUCAAAUGGGUGGCUUAUUAUAUCAGGUUGACACAGGAUUUGUUGUACACCAAACCCUGUAUUGUCGAACCGCAUACCUUUUGCAAAUGA